AAGACCCUCACUGGCAGUGUUGGGGUGCCUUUCAUUUGUUGGUUUGACAUGGAAUGUAAUUACAAUGCCAUGGCCAUCAAUCUCCUUGGUCCCUUGCUCAAGGACCUAUUCAACUUCUGCAACCAGAAGUUUAGUCUUGAGAUGGUGCUUCUGUUGGCCAAUCAACUGGUA